AUGGCGCAGCGCUAUUCUCUGCGCGCCUUCGCGGAGAAGUACGAAAUCAGGGGGGACUUGGGAAAGGGGCGGUACGGCGUCGUUGCGGAAUGCGCGGAGCGCGUUUCCGGCAGGCGAUUCGCCUGCAAGGUGGUCGAGGCGCGCAAGGAAGCGGUUGAAGCGGCGCAACGGGAAGUAACGGCUCUUUCGCUCCUGAAAGGGUGUGAAAACAUUGUUACUCUCGAGGAUGCUUUUAUCGGAGAGGGUGGGAGGGGGAUGGUGCUUGUAAUGGAGCUCGCGACCGGCGGCGAUCUUCUAUCGCGCAUAGAGCAGAAGGGACGGAUUGCGGAGUCCGAGGCGCGUGAACUGUUCAGAGGAAUCGCCAUGGCUUUGAAACAAUGUCACCAUAACGGGGUCAUUCAUCGAGACGUCAAGCCCGACAACAUUCUUUUGUUUCCCGCCAGUUUUGAAAGAAGUUCUCUCCUUCGGCGAAUCUCGUCUGAAAGCGGUUCGCCGAGUGGGUCUCCUAGAUCAACCCAAAUAAGCGACUUCAUGGGUCGAGGUUGCGAACUCACUGCGAAGCUCGCGGAUUUCGGAAUCGCGAAGGUGAUUGCUCGGGGGGAGAAGAUCGACGGCUAUGCAGGCAGCUCCCCUUACGAGGCUCCCGAGGUUCUGGGGGGAAAAUCGUACGAUUUCGCUGCUGAUAUUUGGAGCCUUGGUGUAACCCUGUAUGCGAUGCUGUCGGGGAAAUGGCCGACUUUCGCGAAUGGUCGCAGAAGGUUCGACGAAAGCAAGGACUGGGACUCCCCCUGCUGGUGGCUCAUCUCAGGCCGAGCGAAGAAUCUCAUCCGUUCGAUGCUCGCAACAGACCCUCAGAUCCGACCGUCCAUUGACGAGGUCCCUCCCGUCGCCCACGCGGAGUCCCCUAGAACAAGCGCGCUCACACCCUCCGUUGCCCACGCUCACUCCCUCCCGUCGCCCACUCUCACUCCCUCACGUCGCCCACGCUCCCGCCCUUCCCGUCGCCCACGCUCCCUCCCUUCCCGUCGCCCACGCUCACCCCCUCCCGUCACCCACUCUCCCUCCCUCCCGUCGCCCACGCUCCCUCCCUUCCCCGCCCACGCUCCCUCCCUUCCCGUCGCCCACGCUCCCUUCCUUCCCGUCGCCCACGCUCCCUUCCUUCCCGUCGCACACGCUCCCUCCCUUCCCGUCGCCCACGCUCCCUCCCUUCCCGUCGCCCACGCUCCCUCCCUUCCCGUCGCCCACGCUCCCUCCCUUCCUGUCGCCCACGCUCCCUCCCUUCCCGUCGCCCACUCUCCCUCCCUCCCGUCGCCCACACUCCCUCCCUUCCCGUCGCCCACGCUCCCUCCCUUCCUGUCGCCCACGCUCCCUCCCUUCCCGUCGCCCAUGCUCCCUCCUUCCCGUCGCCCACGCUCACUCCCUCCCGUCGCCCACUCUCCCUCCUUCCCGUCGCCCACGCUCCCUCCCUUCCCAUCGCCCACGCUCCCUCCCUUCCCGUCGCCCACGCUCCCUCCCUUCCCGUCGCCCACGCUCCCUCCCUUCCCGUCGCCCACGCUCACUCCCUCCCGUCGCCCACGCUCCCUCCCCAUCCCUCACCUCCCCAUCCCUGCUGCGGUUGCUGUAAACGAUGUGGAAACCCGCCCCGUGUCCCCCUCCCCCGUCAACCCCACCCCAUCCCAUGCCACUAGGGACGGGGUGGACGCGGGACAGAGGAGUGUGGGCGUGCAACCUGCCGCAACACCCCAUUCCGCCUCACCCCAUUCCGCCUCAAGAGCAUUCCCCCUCACCCUUUUCCGCCCCACCCCAUCUCUUCCUCACCCCGUCUCUUCCUCACCCCAUCUCUUCCUCACCCCAUCUCUUCCUCACCCCAUCUCUUCCUCACCCCAUCUCUUCCUCACCCCAUCUCCUCCUCACCCCUCACCCCGUGUGCUUUUCUGCACCAAGGAGCUGCUUGGGGCGCGGUGGACAGAUGGCGGCGGGCAGGGUAGCGCAGCAGAGGCGGACAUGGUGCUGCUGGAGUCCCUUCCCCCCCUCCUCCUCUCUUCCUCCCUGCAUCCCUCACAUUACCUGCAUCCUCCCUCCCUCCCUGCAUCCAUCCCUCGCUGCGUCUGCUCCUCCCUUCCUCCUCCCUACGUCCCUUCCUCGGUUCUUCCCUCCCUAUGUUCCUCCCUUCGACUGGUCGUCUUUCUGUUUGUCUCCUACCAUAAUAAUAAUCCACAAAUGGAUGGGGAGAUGAUGGAUGGGGAGAUGUGGGAUGGGGAGGUGAGGGAUGGGGAGGUGAGGGAUGGGGAGGUGAGAGAUGGAGUAGGCGCCGCGAUGGGCUUAGGGCAAUCUGGAGGGCAUUGUGCUGGCGCUGUGGACGGGAGCGUGAGGGCGCUGGGGGAAGGGGAUGGGGGGGAGCAGGAGGGAUGGGGGGGAGCAGGGAAGGAGAUGGGGGAAGCAGGGAAGGAGAUGGGGGGUAGCAGGGAAGGGGAUGGGGGGAUGGUGGGAGGGGGAUGGGGGGAAGCAGGGAAGGGGAUGGGGGGAAGCAGGGAAGGGGAUGGGGGGAAGCAGGGAAGGGGAUGGGGGGAAGCAGGGAAGGGGAUGGGGGGAAGCAGGGAAGGGGAUGGGGGGAAGCAGGGAAGGGGAUGGGGGAAAGCAGGGAAGGAGAUGGGGGAAGCAGGGAAGGAGAUGGGGGGUAGCAGGGAAGGGGAUGGGGGGAUGGUGGGAGGGGGACGGGGGGAAGCAGGGAAGGGGAUGGGGGGAAGCAGGGAAGGGGAUGGGGGGAAGCAGGGAAGGGGAUGGGGGGGAGCAGGGAAGGGAUGGGGGCACGCAGGGACGGGGAUGGGGGGAGGCAGGGGAGGGGACGGGGGAAAGCAGGGAAGGAACUGGGGGGAAGCAAGUCGGAGGAUGGGGGGAAGCAGCGCAGGGGAUACGGGGAAACAGGGAGGAAGGGAAGGGGAGAUGAGGGAUGGGGAGAUGAGGGAUGGGGAGGUGAGGGAUGGGGAGGUGAGGGAUGGGGAGGUGAGGGAUGGGGAGGUGAGGGAUGGGGAGGUGAGGGAUGGGGAGGUGAGGGAUGGGGUAGGCGCCGCGAUGGGCUUAGGGCAUUCUGGAGGGCAUUGUGCUGGCGCUGUGGACGGGAGCGUGAGGGCGCUGGGGUAG